CUAUAAGAUAGUGCUCGUAAAUAUUUUUCCAAAUAUUCUAAUGCGAUUAACUAUCUAAAAAUGUGUUACUUUGUCUUCAUUUUACCACACACUUAACAACAUCAACUAGGUACUAAUUUUAUCCAUUAUAGACCGAAGUGCAAGUGCAACUAUUAUUCUAAAUUGGACCUCAUUUUGGGUUCGAUGUUCUAAAAUUAGCCAAGCGUCAAUGAAAGUGAGUUUAAAACUAACACUAUUGCAACGAUAACAUUGUUCCUUCGGAAAAAGAGGGGUAGUUUACACCCAGCCAUCAAAGGGUUGCGGCCAUGAGAAUCGAGGCCACCCAUCCAUUUAGUUUAAAGAUAAAUCAGUGAUCCUUGUCAUGACUCCACUAAUGUCAAAAAUUUGCCAGUCCGAUUUCUAAAGUCACAGCACAAUAAUAAUGGACGAUUUUCAUAAGAAAGCUGACAUUUUUGUCGAAAACUUACUAACCGAAGGCGCCCAAGUCCCAUGCGAUGAAACUGCUGACUCCUUCACCGAAAACAAUGAAAAUUUACCAAAUUUCUACGAUGAAGACUUAUUUAAAAAAGGUCAGCAAUUCUACCACAGAAACAUAUUUGCAGUUUUCGUAGCUAAAAUAUUCGGACUGAUAGCAGUACUGGCCAUACCGACAAUCAGGCACAUUUUAGUAUUUACCAAAAUGUCUGGAAGCGAUUAUACUGCCUACAAACGUUACGUGGCUACGAUUUUUCACAUGACAAUAUGGUACGACUCGGAUUUUAAGCCUGGAUCAAAGUUGUGGAAGUCCAUUUCCGAAGUAAAAAAACUCCACAAUUCAGCAAGCAAAGGAAGUUGCAAGGCUGGCAUAAACCGGAUAUCCCAAAAAGAUAUGGCAUUAACCCAAUUCGGUUUUAUGGGUUUCCAACUAGCACGACCCUAUCAUUUUUCCUUAGACCACGUUUCCAAUGAGGAAUGGACGGCUUUCAUACAUUUAUGGAAAGUUGUUGGGCAUUUGUUGGGAAUUGAAGACAGGUUUAAUAUCUGUAGAGAUUCUGUUGAAGAAACUAGAGCCAUUUGCGAAAAACUACUUCAAAAAGCAUUUCUCCCACAAGUAGCCAAAAAAGACCCAGAAUUUUUGGAAAUGUCCAAAUAUCUGAUUGAUGGUCUAUGGACUAUCCAACCUAUGCUUAACUUCGGGGUUUUGAUGUGCGUUUUAAAAAUCCUACUAACAAAUAGCAAGAGGUUUAUUAACCACGACCAUGAAGAAUAUAUCGAAUUAACAAUUUGGCAAAAAUGCCUUUUAUAUUUCUUUGGCACAAUAAUAUUUUCUUUGAGAUUUGCUCCGUUUAGAUGGUACCAUAACCAUACCAGAUAUAGGGACUUGUGGUUGAUGAAGAAUUUUCCAUUUUUGGCUUAUUAUAAAUUUGGAUAUAAGAGAGCUCAAGUGAAAAUUUUGAGUAAAACUGAAUAAAAUAUUCAUCCAAUAAAGAUUCAAAUUUUCUAGUCAAUUUUUUCUAUUAACUGUUUAUACUUUAUUGAUAAUAAAUGUUUAUUUAUUAUUGUAU